UUUGCCUUUAUAUUACAGUGCAAUCUUUUUCUGCAGGUUACUGUCUCCUCUUUCUUGCUGCUUGCUGCUAGGGUUUUCCCUUUUCUUCUCUAACAUUUAGCAACAUUCAAUCGUAAAAUCUUUUGUUUCCUAUAAGCUGUCUGAUAGCAGCAUCCUUAAAAAAAUCAAUGUGAUUUGUGAAGAAGCUCGAAACUAAAUACAUAAAGUUUUCUUUCUUUUUGAAAAAAGAAAACCCUUGUUCCCUCUCUGGCUCUCCCUCAAGAAAAAAAAUAAAAAUUGCUGGCAAAAUAUAGAUCAAUAAGUAAAUGGCUUCUUCCAGCUAUUCAAACCCUCCUUGUGCUGCCUGCAAAUUCUUAAGGAGAAAAUGCUUGCCAAGUUGCAGUUUUGCUCCAUAUUUUCCUCCCGAGGAGCCAACAAAGUUUGCCAAUGUACACAAAAUAUUUGGGGCAAGCAAUGUUAGCAAAUUGCUGAAUGAAAUCCCCCCUCAUCAAAGAGAAGAUGCAGUGAACUCUCUGGCAUAUGAAGCCGAGGCUCGAUUGAAAGAUCCUGUUUAUGGCUGUGUUGGAGCAAUAUCUGUUCUUCAAAGGCAAGUCCUUCAUCUUCAAAAGGAAUUAGACGCUACAAAUGCUGAUUUGAUGCUAUAUGCAAACAAUGAUGCAGCACAUUCAUAUCAAGUUACGUCCAAUUCAACGUUGUAUAAUGGAGAAGAGUCGAAUCCCGGAUUGAUUCUACCAUAUGCUUCUCCAUGGAACAAUAGCUCUUCAAAUGAUUCCAAGAGCAUGUAAUUAUGAUAUAUAGCAUGUUUAUAAUAUUAAUUAAAUAUAUAUAAAGACCUAGUAUUAAAUCUUGGGUUGGUGAAGAAGCAUAAUUUCAUAGUGAGAUUGUCAUGCGCCAUUAUUAGGAAAAAGGUGCAAAUUCAUAUGCUUCUUGUUUUAUUAAUUAUGUUCAAGGAAAAACUAUCUAUGUACUUGUUAUGAGUAGGAAUGGAGUGUUGAUAUGUUGGGAAUGUAAAAUUAUUGGUCCUUGACUAGGACACAUG